AUGCUCUUCAACAACCUCAUUGUCGGCUUUGCUCUCAGCGUCGCUGCCAGCGCCCUUCCCCAGGCAUACCCCAAUAAGUGUGGCGACCAAGUCUGCCCUGCGGACAAGCCCAAAUGCUGUGAGGUCAUUGUCAACGGCGUCGCUGAAAUCGGAUGCUUUGAGGAAUGCCCUGCUCCGCCCUCAGCCCAAGCAAAACUUCGGCCCCGCGAGCAGCCCGCGGCCACUACGGCAGCAUCCCCGUCCAUUCCCACCUUUGGUCCCAAGUGCGGAGACUCUUUUUUCUGCCCCGUGGGCCAAGUCUGCUGCCCUGAUGCCCUCUACCACUGUGCAGACCCUGACAAGGUCAGCCAAGAGUGCCCUCAGUAG